AUGGUGUCGCUGAAAGACGUGAUUUCCUCCGGCUUCUUGCUCGACGAUGAGCUAGUCGUCUCCGCCAAGGUGCGCCUCGCGCCAUCGCCGCAGCUGAGGCUCCAUUCUGUUGGCGACCGUCUUUACUACAACGGGACAAGCCGGACCGUUGAGAGCGGCACGCGUCUGACUCAUGGCGCGCUCGGCGUGGUCGCCGGGCCGGGCGAAGGCGAGUAUUGGGGAGAGGGCCUGCAGCUGCGCUUUGGGGGAGGCGAGAGUGUCAGCUGCUACCUCGGCACGCUCAGCCGCGAGCGACCUCCGCCUCUACCUGGUGGGUUUGCACUGGACGACACCGUGUACUUCAGCGGCUCCUCAUCCUCCUUCGAGAACGGUGAGAGAGGCACAGUCGUCGGCCCUGCGACUCUUGCAUCACACAAGGGCAAAGGCCUCGCGGUGCUCUUCGACGGCAACAAGGGAACCGUUCAAGUCUUCCUCAACCAGCUCAGCCGGGAGCCCCCGCAGCUGCCCGGCGGGUACAAUGUCGGCGAUUCCGUCUACUUUUCUGGGACAAGCUGGUUCUUCGGGACAAGCGAGUUCUUCGCCGAGGGGGACAAGCUGGUGCACGGCCAGCGCGGCGUGGUCACUGGGCGCGUCGUCGGGGAGGAUGGCGACGUCGCGGUGAUGUUCCCUGGCAACACUGAGAGCAUCGAUUGCUAUCUCUCCGAGCUCAGCCCGGACCGGCCGCCGCCCCUGCCGGGGGGCUACUCGGUGGGCGAGCAGGUCUACUACACGGGUGGCGCGGAGAAGAAGAAGAAUGGGGACCGCCUCGUGUAUGGAGCGCGCGCCGUGGUUGCCGGGCCCGCUGGCGGCGACGACUACGCCGGGAAGGGGCUCGCCCUCCUGUUCAACGGCAACAAGAAGAGCUACGACAGCCUUCUCACCACCCUCACCCGGGACCCGCCCAGGCUGUCGGACGGGCACCGCCGCGGCGAUCGGCGGUUCUGCCGCGAGGAAGGGUUCUCACGGGACGAGCCCGGCGAGGUGGCUGGUCCUGCAAUGGACGAGCACGUCGGCAAGGGGCUCCAGCUGCGCUUCGCGGACGGUGCGCUCCGGGACUGCCGCUGGGAGGAUCUCAGCGAGCAGCGACCGGCGGUCAAUGCCUGGGAAUCGCCACUUUUGGAAUUGAUGCUUGCCCGCUUCAACACUUUG